UGCCGACUCAUUAACGAAUGCUGUCAAGACUGUUCUCAAUGAUCCAAUUUAUAGGAAUAAUAUUGAAAAAAUGUCUAAACUAUUUUUCGACCGACCAAUGAGUGCCAUCGACACCGCUGUAUAUUGGGUCGAAUAUACAGCAAAACACGGAACAGUAUUGAAGUCGCCGGCCACCGAACUCACUUGGUGGCAGUAUCACCUGCUGGACGUUUAUGCGUUCAUCCUAACGCAUCUUCUCGCGACUCUGUACAUCAUCAGGAAAAUGCUUUUCUUAUUCUGGAGGCGUACAUGUCCAGGAAGCGAUGAGGAAAAACAUUCAGCCAAUGCCUCUUCUAAGAAAAACCAAUAAUUUGAAUACGUCAUCAUUGAAAACAUCAUUGUUCACUCUCCUUAUCUCUGUCACCACUUAGGAUUCCCCUGUGCAAUUCCUCAUCAAAACUUAUCUCUAACGAGUACACAUAGUAGUUAUUGUUACAAUCACAACUACGGUAGUACGUGUUAGUGACAUCUACCACCACCAUUGAUAGCUGUCGAGCCGAAUCAACAGAGACGAUGCCAAUUGCAAACAAUCAUCCCAGCCAUCACCGUCAGUUGUAGUCUAGAAUUUUCCAACUACGCGUGGGCUCCACACCAGCGGACGAUAUAAAUAACCGAUUAGUGCCGAAAUAUCCACCGCUGUGCAAGGACGAAACCAGUGAAAGUUCACCGGAAGAAAAUCUAUCAAGUCUCUUCAUAAGUAUUCGGAGAUAAAUAAAACUACUGAUGAAGUCAUCAUUUCGGCCUUUUUCAUUAUUUCUCUUCCUCAUAUUAUAUUUCCAAAACGGAAUAUGCGAUCCCCUGAAAAUCCUCGGAGUAUUGCCACUACCCGGAAAGAGCCACUUCGUGAUGACUGGAAGCCUCAUGAAAGAGCUGGCUCUCCGGGGCCAUCAGGUUGACGUAGUUUCGGUGUUUCCUCUCAAAAAACCAAUGCCUAAUUACAAUGAUAUUGUGGUUGCAUCUGAUGAUACACCGAUGCCUGUGAGCAAUAUCACCUACGACGACAUCAAGCGGUUCAGUGGAUUUUCUAUGAACCACUUUGUGAACCAAGCGGGAAUACAGCUUUGUGAUUUACUGAGUCAUCCCAAGAUGCAAGAAUUACUGAAGACUGAUAAGGGAACGUACGACGUUAUCAUAGUUGAGCUGUUUUUGGCUCACUGCUAUCUGGCUUUUGGACAACACCUCGAUGCUCCUAUUGUGGGAAUUACUACUUCAAAGCUACCUGACUGGCUUCUGGGGCCCUUUGGGAAUCAGCUCAAUCCUUCGUACAUACCGAGUCUCUUUUCAAGUGCCAGUCAACGCAUGACAUUCUGGGAGCGAUUGCAGAAUACUCUUAUAACGAAUAUCAUCACGCCUCAGAUUAAUUAUUACAUGGAGGCUGAGGUGAAGCAGGUGGAGAAAUAUUUCGGGAGGAAAUUGUCGUCGAUGAACGAUCUCUACAAGGAUGUUUCACUCAUACUUGUUAAUGAGCAUUUUAGUCUCAAUGAUAUUAAACCUCUGACGCCUGAUAUCAUUGGAGUGGGGGGACUGCACGUGGUGGAUGAUGAUCAACAGUUGACGCCGGACUUGCAAAAAUGGUUGGAUGAGAGUACUCACGGCUGUGUGUAUUUUACAUUCGGCUCGAUGGUGAAAAUCGAAACUUUCCCGGAGGCGAUUAUCAAGAUAUUCUAUGAAAUGUUUGAGAGAAUCGCACCAGUGAGAGUGCUCAUCAAAAUCGUUGAUCCUAAGGCACUUCCUCCUGGUCUACCAAAUAACGUAAAAACAUCGUUGUGGCUGCCACAAGUGGCUAUAUUGAAACACAAAAAUGUGAAAUUAUUCAUCACUCAUGGAGGAUUGAUGGGAACUCAAGAAGCUAUUGCAUAUAAAGUUC